AUGGAUAUAACAGACAGAAAGGCCUUGAUGGGGGCCUUAUCUAGCAUGAAGAAAAUUACCCCCUUCAAGAGAGAGCUGAACCGAAAACCCUCGUCCAGCUACAAGGAAUUUCUUGCGCGAGCGCAAGGGUACAUCAACACCGAAGAGGCAGACGCAAAUGACCCCGAGCAUAGGUCCAACAAGAAUAAGGGACCGAACAUGGGUCAACGCCAGCAAAACAGGAUGGGAAGAAGCGUCGAGGUGGAGGAAGCGGAGACAAGAAGCCAGCUACGACGACGAGCGCUCCAGAAGCCAAGGCAAGAGGAUACCCGUAAGCCUCGACUAUUUCAAAAGUACGAUUCCUACCACGAGCUAACGGUAGGAGUCGAGGAGGUUUUAAACCAGGUUGGCUGCAAAAACCUGCUGCGCCGACCAGAACCGAUGAAAUCGGAUCCUAGCCGAAGGAACCAAAAGAAAUUCUGUAGGUUCCACGGCGAUGUCGGCCACCACACCAACGAUUUCGCUGACCUAAAGGAUGAAAUCGAGAGAGUAAUCCGCGAGGGGAGGCUACAGGAGUUCAGAGCCGAGCGGAGACCUCGAAACGACGGCCACGGUGGACAGAAUGACGGUCGACGCCGAGAGGAGAACCAGCGCCCAGAGGACCGCGAACCCGUCAACGUCAUACAAACUAUCCUCGGCGGCCCCUAUAUAGGAGGAGACUCAAGGAGGUCUCAGAAGGACUACGCCCACGAGGCCAGGGGGGUUUACCAGGAAAGGUUCUGGAGCGUCUCCGCGGUAAAAACCCCAAGAUAUAGCCACACCGACGUGGCCUUUAAUGAGGACAACGCCAGCGGAGUUCACUUCCCCCACAACGACGCAUUGGUGGUGGAAGCCAUGAUUGGGAACCAUACUGUAUGCCGAAUCCUGGUAGACAAUGGGAGUUCGGUGGACCUCCUGUACUCCGACUGCUUGGAAAAAAUGGGGAUCCAAAAGGAGCAGUUGGAAAAGACCUCCAGGCCAUUAUACGGUUUCACCGGGGACUCCGUCAUCCUUUAG